AUGGACAGUCUGCCAAAAUCGGGCCCGCCGCUGGCACCGACGCUGGACGUCGAAAACGGCGUCAGAAAGCUGAGACUGGUGCCGUGCAAUCCAACAGACGGGUGGGAGAACGCCAUGCGGUUUGUCAAUGCAGUGCGGGCGGUGAAACCGGACCACGAGAUCGAGGUGGCGAAAUUCGCAGAUUCAGACCCACUGACAGCGCUGGUGGAGCUGCUUGCAGCCGACCAGGACCAUCGAGAAGUGGGAGCCGAUCUUCUGGCCGUCGUGUUUGCGUAUUGCGUCGCUCACCGCGAUCUGGCACCCGUGGCACGUCGUUUCGCGCGAGGGGCAACCGAAAACCACACCUUGGGCUCGCAAUUGCGCAAAAUCUGCGGCACCGUGACAAUGUCGCCCGAUUACAGACCAGGCGUUUAUUCUGUGCUCGCAAAACUGGACUUUUUCGAGAAGCUCAGCACAGAGGUUCUCCAGGCUGUGAAAUUGGGGCUCGGGGCAGUGCUUCGAACCGUGUGGAUCCCACUUUGGACUUUUCAGACCUCGAAAUCAGAUCUGUACAGCUGCGUUGUGACCCAGAACCUACUGCUCGCGGCCACCGAGGAGCACAAACUGGAUUUUCUGAUUGCCUCAAGAGCAUACGACCUUUCGCAGUGGAACGAGUUGAAAGACCGCGACGUCGAACCGCUCAAUUUCUUUGUGUACAAAGUUGCGCGUCGCGUGGUCUACUGCCGCAGUCAUGUUUUUGGGCCAUUCCGCGAGUUCUGCCAGAAGUUUAUCUCGCGCUCCAUCGGCGACGACUGUUUCCAGAAACUGGACAAAAACGUUGCUUUCAACCUUUCCGUCUUCAUGGAAAUCGUGGACCAUCCUGAACUGAACUUCUUGGAUGAGCCGCACCUGACCUUUUUCUUAAACAGUGCCCUACGACGCACCCGCGAUCUUUGCGAACACAACGAAAUACAGACAUUGCACAUGGAACUGGGGAGCAUGGGAAGCACUCAAAGUCUUAUCGGACUCACAAACAUUUUGCAGUACAUUUUGGCACGCUUUCUUGUGAAUGCCGGAUCCUUGAUGGUUAGCGCGGGACACUUCAACUUCGACAAGAAUAAUUGGGCGCUGAGAUCCUCCCCCUAUGAACUACCGCUCUUUUUCAAUCAGGUUAUUCCCAAUAUACCUCCCACUUCACGGGCUGCGUUCAGUUUCGAUAAGAACAGAUCAUGGACACAACUGCAAGCCAGCAAGUCAGCAGAUAUUGUCGCCUGCCUGUUUGAUUCCUUGAAUCAUCUCAUUUCCAUCAAUUAUAAACUGCUGGAAUUUUUCGAAAUCAAAGAUAUCGAUCUGUCGCUGGAUUUCAGAGUCAAGGAGCAAAAGACUACUUAUAACGAACCACUAGUUGUGGAAAAUAAGUCAAAAUUGCAAUUCCUCGAGCUUUGCUUUAUCUCCAACACGUCGGCUAUGCUUUUAUCCGAUCAGCUUCAGGACGAAGCGUACUUUAUAACAAUGGUGGACGAGCAAGAGGCAAAAAUCCAGAGCAGAAUAAUAGCAUCGAAUGUUCUGUCCUGCUUUGAAUCCUUGACUGCCAAUUUCACAGGAGCAUUACUGUAUCAAUUUAUCAAGUUCACGAGCCGAGUUUCGUUGAUGGAGUUGAAGUUACACAAGGUGUCCAUGCAGAUACUAUAUCACAUUUUCUUCGGGUCUCGCAGCAUCAAGCUACAAGACUCAUCGCUCACAAGCAAGCUGACGCAACAGGCCCUUUACGAUCUAACAGCGAUGUGGAACGAUGGAAGUGACACGUACACUCGCUUCCUUACCGACAUUUUCAACACUUCGGAAUCCGCUGCGACAACUGUGCGAAUAGAAAUAUCAGAAUUUUCCAAAACCUUGUUUCCUCACAAUGGCACACAGGCCGAGCAAUUGGAUACAGGAUUACAACACAAUUCCAAUACCGAAAAGGCGGAGUUCAAAAAAAGCAUCUUAAGUUCAAAGUACAAUGCUAAUGCGAGUUCUUUUGUUCCCUCCAAUAAGUCUUACGGAGACAACAUAGUACCGUUGACAAUUCGGGCCCACUCCAGUUCUAGGUCUUCUGAACAUUCCAAAGUUUUGGCCACACCAGUCGAGGGUUUAAGUCUGCGAUCACCGUUUUCGACCGGUAAGCAUCAGCAUUUCUCCGAUUCGAAGGAUUUCACAGCGCCUAUGAGUGGCCCGGCACCAAGCUCGCUCGGAAACAUAAGUCCUUGGAGUCCCAGUUGCUUUUCACAGGGUCUCCCAUUGUCACCGGACACCGGCUCUGCCGUAAGUACGGGCAAAAAUUAUAUCUUGGGAGGUCACAAUCGUGCGGCGAAUAACAGUAGAGCACAGUCAGUGCAUGUGGAUCGGUUCAACUACAUGCGCCAAUAG